ACAGUCAUAGAAACCUGGAGCCGAAUCCUAGAAGAACUGUUGUCUGGAACCUCAAUCGACUCAUUCAAGAAGGAUUCAGACUAUUCAGAAACUCACUAGCAAAAGAUUAACAUAGGCUUCAAGCUUUCAAUGUUUAAUCAACAAAUCUGAAUCUGAUAUUUUGAGGCGGUGGCUUUAAAGUUUUGCUUCAAGGUCAGGGUGAUGGUUGGGACGUUUGAGGAUAUACUUCCUGGUCUCUACGGAUGGCUACUUAUAGUUGUUUUGAUGGUUUUCACAUACUUCCUAACAUAUGUAUUCGCUCAAAUGAACUCAUUUUUACCUUGGAGUGGUUCUAACAGGCCACCAGCUAAAAAGCCGACACAGACAAUUCAAUCAUCCAACCGUUCACGCAGAACUAUUCAUUAUUCAACUCAACUAUUCCCUGAAGACGAUGAUGAUGAUGCUUUGCAAACAAUUGAAACUGAACCACUUAGAAAAUCGAAGCGAAAUCCUACUGUAUCACGUAGACGUCCAAUUCGUAAGGUGGUAACAACAAUUCCGACAUCACUAUCUAUACAAUCAGACAAAACUUCCUCCUGCUUCUCCUCCUCUUCCUCGUCUUCUGCUUCUCCUCAGUCAUCUAAUCCAAUCGAAGUGAACACCAAUGACGUAGUGCUGCAGAAUGAGAAAAACAACAAUAAUCGCCAUCAUAAUGAAGUAACCGUUAGUCACAAGGCGGAAGCACCAAUUAUUAGUGAACCAUCACCACUGUCUACUCAUCUAGUAAUCCCAAAUGAUUCAAACACCAAUCCAGUUAGUCAACAAUCACAAAAGACAAACAGCAGUAGUAGUCCUGCCAGAAAAUCGCAUAAAGGGAAGAAACCAGAACCUACAGAACAAUCAUCCCCACCGUCCAAGGUUAAAUUACCAACACUGGCAGCUGCAGCAGCAGAGGAAUUAUUGCCAUCUUCAUGUAGUACUGAACCAGACAAUCUAAAUAUCUCUGCAUCAACGUCCAUUGGCACUACUGCUACUACCUCGGGAGUUUUAGAUGUUGUCAGCAACGAAAAUGAUGGUGAAUGGUUAUGCGCAAAUACAAAAACAACUAGACGUCGACAACGUAACAAAGACAAUAAACUGUCAGAGAGUAAAAGUGAUGGUAAUAAUGCUGGCAUUAGUGGGGGUGGUGUCGGUGGAGGUGAUGGUGAGAAUCAACAGCAAUCUCAAUCCAAACUGUUAACAGAUCAAAGCAGAAUUGAGUCUGAUUCUGAAUUGAAAAGUAAUCAACAUCACCAUCAAACGUCUACUGAAACUACUACUAUGCCUUCUAAUAUCCAUGGUUCUGAUUCUAGUCAAAAAUCAAUUGGUGACGGUGUUACUUUCCAUCCGAGUACUGUUACUCCUGCAGGUGGUGAAGACAAACAGAUUGUUGAACAAUCUUCAGCUGAUCAAUCUGUUACCACCGAUGGUGGUGCAUCAACGCCAAUGCCUAAUCCUAAACGUAAACGUCGUAAUGCAUCGCGUAAAACUCUCGCAAAUCAAGAGUCAAACAGUCAAACUGUACCAUCGAUUGAUUCAUUCGCACCAUUGAUUUCAUCUUCUACUGUUCCAACAAAAUCCAGUCAAGUUAAACCAAUCGAUGAUGAAGAAAAUGGAUUUGAAUUAAUUGAAAUUCCUAGUGCAUCAUCUCAACCGUCAUCAUCAUCAUGUGCCUCGUCAACUGUUGACUCGGAAUUAGAAAUAAAUCCAUACAGUGAAGAGGUGUUAUUAUCAUCGCCUAUUGAUCAGUCACAAUUCCCACCAUUAAUUAAGACAGAUAAUGGUGAUCCAAUCUCUGUGACAAUGGAACCAGAACUUCUAGAGGGUGGAAGACAUCCACAAGCUAGUAAACUGUUGAAAUUAGCUCUGGGCAGUAAUAAUAAUAAUAAUAAUAGUAGUAGCAGUAAUAAUGAUGGCGAGCAACAGGAUAAUACUCAAAAACAAAGUCAGGCAAGACAUUCGCCAUCACCACAACGGCUGUAUCUUCCUGAAACCACCUCUGCCACCAGUAUGGUCGCCAGCAGUGGUAACAACAAGACUGGUGUAGCAAAACGUACCAAAGUAAGAAAGGCUGAUUAGUUGAUCACAUCUUCUUCACCUCUGAUCGUAGAUUCACCUCUCUGUCUGUCUGUCUGUCUGUCUCUGUAUGUGUGUGGGUUUCUAUCUCCCUUCGCCCAAAAUGUAUGUAUGCAUGUUUGUAUAAAUCGAUUGAUUGUUUACUCCAGAUUAUUUAUUUAUCGCUUAUUUCGCAUAUCUAUUGUAUUUCUCUCGAUCGUUCCGUUUCUCUGUUCUUUUUUAUUUUGUUUUGUUACGUUUUGUGUAUUGUAUUGCAUUGCAUUGUCAGUGGUCUUUCUUGUUUCUCCUGAGCAUUUGAGUUCACCCUCAUUAUUGAUUGGUCAUUAUUGUUAUUAUUAUUAAAAGCGCUCCAGUAGUAGUACUAGUGUUGUUAAGUACUCCUGUUUAUAAUUCCCCCCUCCUCCGUAGUGUUUCUGUUCUACUUACCCUAGGACAGUGUGUGUGUGUGCGUGAAUUUACUCAAUUUUAUUUAUUUAUUUAUUUAUUUAUUUAUUUAUUUAUUCUGUUCUGUUCUAUUGUAUUCCUCAAAUCAAUUUCUAUGCAUUUGUGUUGUAUGCAUAGAAUACUGCACAGUGUUUUCUGUUUUCUCCUGCCUAUGGUUGGUUUUUUGUGCUCUUGCUUUUCUUUUUAUAGUAACAGUGAUGAUUGUGAAAAUGUUUGUAUUGGUGGUGGUGGUGGUGGUCGUCAUCAUCAUCUCCUCAUGAUGGUAGUCUCUUCUUAUACACACAUACAUACAAUACGUGUGUUUAUUGACUGUUUAUCUGUACACAAUAUCGGCUACCCAGACAAUUCACAUGUGGUGUGGAUUGUAUCGCCUACCGUACGUGUGUAUAGAUACCUUUUGCUUAUUUUUUAUCAAUAUGAGUGUUGGUGCCUGCCUGCCUACCUACCUAUGUGAUAAUUAUUAAUGAUGAAAUCACAAGUGUAUGUGAGUAGUUUCUUCGCCGUUCUGUAUGUGUGCUGUUAUGAACUUUCUUUUUCUGUGAUAUAUAUGUAGUUUUGUUGUUGUUCUUUUUGCCGUCUGUUGUGCAUUGAAUUCAUUUAUGCAGCUGCUUCGUCUAUCUCAAGGACGCCUUAUUUCUAUUUUUUGAGCAUUAAUCUAGUUGUGUAGGUGGUGUCUAUCAGUCACUCUGUCUGUCUGUCUGUGUACCUGCCUACUUAACCUGUUGAUUGAAUGUUGUUGUUGAUGCAAUCCUUUCACCACUUAAUUCCAUCCAUCCACCCCACACACGCACUUCACUAGAUGAUAACCUUUACCUCAUCUAGUUGUAGUCGUUUCACUAUCACUCCUAUACACCAUAGUACGACUGGCAGUGUGUGUGUGUGCAAGUGUUUGUGUUCAGCGCCAAUAAAACUUUUCAUAUUUUCCUCUGUCAGACAGUCACUUAGUCAAUCCAAUACACAAUAGAUAAAAACAAAUAGAGUGAGGGAGGGGAAAGAGUUAUAUUAUUAUUGAUUUUUUGCCUAUUAAUACUAUGAUCAUAAUCAUUACUAUUGGUAUUAUAUUUAUUGUAAUAAUACAGAGAAGUUGAACUAUUAUUAUUAUUAUUGGUAAUAUUGUGAUGCGACUAGUACCUUCUUAUUUUUCUGUUGCGCUUUAGUCUAUUGAUUUCUUAUUGCUCCUCUCUCUCUCUCUCUACACACACACACACACAUUUAUUUAUUUAUUGUUAUUAUUUGUCGAUAAUCAAUUGUUGUAAUUGUUUGAUGUAUGUUUGUUUAAAUGAGUUUAUUUUGUUUUGUUUUAUUUUUGUUUGGUGGUGCGAUGUGGUGUAGUGUGGUUGGUUCAUUAAUUGAUUGAUUGUGCAUGUCUGGAUUAUGUUGGUUUGUGCAUUUCAAACGUGGUUAAAUCACACAAAAAAAAGAAGAGAUACAUUAAAUAUUAAUUAAUAAUAACAUUAAUUAUUUAGAUAUCCCUCAGUC